AUGGAGGAGCCGCUGUGCUGCUGCGAGUACGUUGACCGGAAGGGGGAGAGGAACCACCUGGCGGCAUGUUUCUGCGACUGCGAGGACCUGGACGAGGGCUGCGAGAGGUGGGUGACAUGCAAAUCCCUGCCCCCAGGCACUUUAGAAAGAAUUGUUGAUGCUAUUGCGGACAGAGUCCGUGUCCCUUGGUUUAAAGGAGCUGUAAAGAUCAACAUCAGCCUUGUUCCACCUCUUCUUCUGUUACCUGUCUUCCUCCAUGUUGCGGCUCUGCAUUUCCUGUUGGCACUUGUCAUCUUGACAUCUCUUCCUAUGGUGGUGCUGUGGUACUACUACCUCACACACAAGAGGAAGGAGCGGACUCUCUUCUUUCUAAGCCUGGGACUGUUCUCCCUGGGCUACAUGUACUAUGUGUUCCUCCAGGAGGUGGUUCCUAGAGGCCAUGUGGGGCGUUCCCAAGUGGUUGUUCUCACCUGUGGGUUAAUUCUUAUGCUCGCAGCACUAUCUCGAGCCAAGAAAGACCCUGGCUACCUUCCCAGACCAACAAGCAAUAACAAGUCAUCAUGCCAGGUCAUGGAUUUGCCAAGCAAGAAAUUUACAGGGAGCUCUAAUGGGCUACAUGGAGUUACUUUAUCAGGAGCUACCAGUGGCUGUACUGUGAAUGGAGAGACCAAAGGCUAUUCAAGACUGUUGGCUGAGGAGCCAGAAGGAAUAAAAAAAGACUGGUGCACUAAAUGUCAGCUGGUCAGACCAGCCCGAGCAGGGCACUGCCGACUCUGUGGUAGGUGUAUUAGAAGACUGGACCAUCACUGUGUCUGGAUUAACAGCUGCGUAGGGGAGCAGAACCACCAAGCAUUCAUCCUUGCCCUCUCCCUCUUCAUGCUCACCUCCCUGUAUGGGAUUAUGUUGACCCUGGACACCAUCUGUAGGGGCCGAACUUCAUUUGUGGCAUUGUUCUACUGCCCCGGGGCCUAUUCUGAUUACAGCUCUGCUCUGUCGUUCACCUGUGUGUGGUACUGUGCCAUUGUGACAGCUGGCAUGGGAUACAUCCUUCUUAUCCAGCUGUUGAACAUCAGCUACAAUGUGACUGAAAGGGAAGCUCGUCUGGCUCUGCGUGACAACACUGGACGCAGGCUCCUGGGUGGAUUAGUGAUAGACACUGGCCAGUAUAACCGGGGCUUCCUAUGCAAUUGGGGCCAUUUCUUGAGCCUGGGGUCACCUCCUCCACAGCGCUCUGCUGAAGAUAUAGUGUGA